AUGGAUAGUUGGAGUUAUGCUUCUUUCUGCUUCAAUAGAAACUUAUCAGAAGACGAAUUGUCAUCACAUUUGUUCAUUCAAUUUCCAACUGAUUUGAAAGAAAAGAGGAUUUACAGGAAAGGACUGACGUGGUAUAAACUUCUUGAAAACAAUGUUUCCCUCUGCUGUUCAUUUUUCGACAGUUGUUUUACUGUAUUUGACAGGUAA